ACCCCAAAAGUCGUGGUGAUGCACAAGAAGGGUGCUAAAGAAAUGCAUUGCAUAUUAUUUAUUAUGCACUGGCUGUAGUAUGUUUUCGCUGUUCAUCUUCUUUUCUGUGCCGAGGUGGUGGUUGGUUGGUUGGUGGUUGUUAUACUUCUUCUCAAUUCUUGCAUUUGUGAUUUUUUGCAAAUAUUUAUUUCACAGUUGGCCGGAUAUUGAAGGUAGCGAGAGGACACACGGCGCCCCCACACUUUCCCCCCACGACUACCACCACCCAAAGCUGCGCCCCGUUCCAACCUCCAGAUCCCGAGAUAAAACGAUACGACGGCUCAGGUGGUCGAGAAAAAUUAAUUAAUUAAUAAUAACAUACGUCUUUUUCUUGAUAAUAACGUAAAAAUUCUUCGGCUCGUCUUCUCUCUUAGUAAACAGCUUGUUUCGUUCGGCAGCUAAAAGAAUAAAAUAAAUAAUGGUCCAUAAUUUGGCGAAUGUUGUUAGUCAGUUAAAAUAAAUUUAAUUUUUAACGUCACGCUACACUCCUUGAAAUUGUGAUGUGGAUGUUAAGUACAGUUCAGUGUCGAAUAAAGAAGGAAUAGUGAAGAUAUUUCGUAAUUUGCAAUUCAAUUUGGUUUUGUCUGGGAUCAAAUACAAUAUCGGAUGAUCUGAAGUUUAAGUUUAUUAAUAAUAAAUAAAUAUCUCAGUUAUCUGUCCAAGUUGGAAUGAGAGAUUAGAGAUCUGAUGAUAACUACUGAUAAUUAAAUUAUGUGUUAAUUCUGUAAAGCAACUGUGUACAUGGAGAGAAUCAGUGUGAAGUUGAUAAGCUAGUAGAUUGUACAUAAUUACAACAACUGGACUUUAGAUAAAAUACUUCAGUCCAUCUUCUUGCGAAUCUGGUCAAUUCAUUGUUGAAUAACUGCUCGUUUAUGACGGAAAACGGAACUUCAUAAAUAAUAACGCACCUCCACAGUACGGAAAGUAUUAUGGAAGAAAAUGACGAUAAGAUUCGAAUUGACAGAAUAUUAGGAUCCUCAGUAACCAGCAAUGCUCAUUUUAGCUCGGAUUCAAACGGCCUCGUGGCCUAUCCUGCUGGGAAUACCAUUGUGCUUCUUGACACGGGAAGUGGGACGGUGGUGACACAUAUAGUUUUAGAGACGCGGAAAUCCAUUAGUGCCUUGCAGCUAAAGAGCAACUCCCUCCUGUUUGCAGCGUCCGAAGAUUCUAAUUGUCUACGAGUGAUAAAUUGGCAGUCUGGAGUUAUAAAAGAUAUCUCCCCGUGUCAAAAUGUUGUUUGCACGGCCGUUUCGACCCUACUGGGCGUUCUCGUUACUGUGGGAUCGGAUCGUGUAGUUUCGGUAUGGGAUUUCAAAGGACUUCUUGCCAACAGCAACGGCAUAAGUCGAAAUGGGAACGGUGGUGCCACGCCUACGACUACGCCAACCGGUAGUAGUAGCUCGACGAAUCGUGGAAGAAAAUUGGCAUCUAGCUCUGUAGCUUGUAAAGUUUCCUGCGUAGCAUUUUCUCCAGACGGAAAUUACUUUGUCACGGGGGGUACGAGGCAUCUAAAGUUUUGGUAUCUUCAACUUGGAAAGAACGAGUGUGUUUUAACGGGUCGACCUGCAAUCUUGGGAAGUGAACAUUCAAACGCUGACUUUAAAGACGUAAUCACAGACGGCAAUGGGACUUAUGCCGUGGCCAAUUUUGAUGGGACUGUUUCAGCCACAUUGUGCCAAUUUGAUGAACGCCGCUUCCUCGACAAGUGGGUUCAGCUCAAGACUAAGCAAGCGUUAUGUAUGACAAUGGACGAUGACCUUUUGUACAUUGGCUGUGCAGACGGAAUUGUGAGAUGCUUUCGAUCUGGGAGACUAGAUUUUGUAGCAACGUUACCACUUCCACAUCAUUUAGGAGUCGAUGUUGCAAAAGCUACAGAUAUCGCAUCUUUGUCAUCUCACCCUCCUAGUUCAAAGUUUCCAAAUGUACUUGGAAUUUGCGCUCCAGGCGGUAAGAAAAUCAUCGCAUCUUAUGCUGAUCAUUCAUUCUACGCCUGGGAUGUUCAAGACAUCAAAAGGGUGGGAUUGUCAAAUUCUUGGCUCUACCACUCGGGCUGUAUUUGGGAUCUGGCUCUGGGACCAACCCAAGCCUCAGGCUUGCCUGGUGGAGCAGUACUUCACUGGCCUGCGUUUUUAACUUGUUCCAACGAUGACACGGUCAGAGCGUGGGAUAUAACGAGUCAAAUGAAGACAAAUCUCUUAAGCCAGGAAUGUCUGGAUAUCAAAUACAUUUCUACUCGAUAUCUGGAUUCGCCCUUAUUUAUUUCUCACGGGAAUGGCGUUCGAUGCGUAGGCGUUGGAUCUUCAUUUAUAUGCUGUGGAGACCGGCAAGGGAACUUUAGAUUAUGGAGGUCCAAAUCCACCAAUGAAUUAAUUAAAAUCAAAGCGCACAAGGAAGAAAUUUUGUCCAUGGAUGUUAAAGGCUGUUUGGUGGCUACAGCGUCAAGGGAUGGUAGUGUUAAUUUAUAUUUAAUUGAUCAGGAAAUUGAGCGAAUCGCAUCGCUUCAAGAACAUAAAGGAUCAGUGACAAGUGUUAAAAUAUUAACAUCUGACCGAACAGUUCCUCAUUCCGUUCACGUGGUAUCUUGUGGGGCGGAUAAAAGUUUAGUGAUUCGACAAAUGUUUCCCAAAGAUGCUAAUCAAGUUCUAGACGUAUCACAAUUAGUAGAAGGGAAAUAUGAUGGCGAAGUUGACGUUCGAGUUAGUUCAGUAAUUACCAGCAAAACUCCACUAUUUGACUUAGAAGCAGAUAUCGGAGGAAAACAUGCAUUGGUGGCUUGUCAAGAUGCCUGUGUUCGAGUGUACAAUAUUGCUACCGGGAAACAUAGCAAAACAUUACGCAGUUCAGUUCCAGAUGUAAACUUGGGAACUAUAAUUAAAGUAACUCUAGAUCCAAGUGGGUAUUAUGUUGCCGUUGCUUCCACCGAUAAGAGUAUUACGAUCUUCGAUUAUUAUAAAGGCGACGUUGUUGCAUCUCUGCUAGGACAUUCCGAGUUGGCUACAGCUAUUGGGUUUACUCCAGAUUUUCAGAACCUCAUCUCCGUAGGUGGAGAUUCUUGUAUUAUCGUUUGGUCUCUUUCAAGAGAAAUGGUUGUGACAAUGGAGACCCGAAUGUCGGAAAAAAGAUCUCGAAAGAAAUCAAUCACUCCCGUACAUAAUACACCGACACCGGUUACGCCAACACCCACACCUAACCCACCUUCACCUGUCAGAGCGGAUUAUCGUUUCAGCUUUGGUCAGCUUCCCGAUUGGGCUAAGAAGCAAAUGAAACCUGCAACUGAAAGUUCAAGUCCUAUCCCACCAAUCCCACCUAAAAAACCUAACGUUUCAAUGCCACAAGGAAAAUGGAGUGAAAGAGUUGAACAAUCAUCGGGGGCUUUAACCAUCAAGUCCUUUUAUCACUCCGAUACAGUAGUUCCUGUUCCAUUUAGUAAACCCCAAGUUGCUCCACCUCCUGUACCAAAAGAAAGCUCACUUGAAAGCCAUGAUAGCUUCGGAACUGAAAAUUAUCCUAGAGAAAAAGUUGGCUCUGAUCGUGAAAAUGAAGGCAUCAGUUUAGAAGUGCCUGUCACUAGUAAUUUUAAACAGUCACAUUACAAAGAGGGGGGUCAGGAUGGAGAUGACGAAGAGUCGACAGAUUUCUAUUCAGAUGUUGGUAAAUCAACUGAUGGAGAAACAACAGAUAAAAAAGCACAACUUCCCAGACCAAAACCAAGAUCAGACAGAGAUACGGAUUCUGACGGAAGUGUUUCUAGAAGUUUUCAGAAACGAUUUCACCCAUUCAAAGAUUCUUCAUCAUUGAAAGUUGAGCAAGAACCGUAUGAAAUAGUUCGAAGUAAAAAUGCAGAACUUAUUAUGUCGGUCAAGCUGAAAAAUCGUGAAAUGUCGAAAAGUCGUCUGGAGCUUGAAAAACGAUUAGAAGAAACCAAGAAAAAGUUACAAAGUAUCGGGUACAAAUCAAUGAGUCAAUCCACACAAGAUCUGAGUCUAAGAGGAAGUUACGGGAAAGAAUAUCUGGAGGAUUCCGAUGAUGACAUUGGUGACGACGAUGGUGGAAAUAUUCGACGAGCAUGUUCCCUUUCUGAUUUAAAUAACCUGCCUGCUACCAAUGGUUCUUCUACGGGACGAAGAAAACGGUCUUUUCAUAGACACAGAAAUAAUGAACGGAGCCGAAGUGGAAAUACGGGUAUAUUUGAUCCACAGAAUCUUUUAACAAGAAGCGUAUCGGUGUCUGCUUUAACGAAUCAAGCGCAGAGUGAUUCAGACCACGAGUCCUUGCAUGCUGCUACACCCUCCUACAUGUCGAAAACCAUCAGCUCUCAAGGUAAACUUAGGAGAAAGCCUACGACAGUCGUUUCAGCUUACUCUCAAUCGCAAGAAAACUUGAUGCGGGAUGGUGGACCCAGUGGGGGAGGACGUCUACGUGUUUCCGCUAGCGAGCAAAAUCUUACCAAAAUUGGAUCUUCGAAAGCUCCUACACCAAUGCCAAGAAGUAGAAUGAAUGCACCAAACAUGAAAAAACCUCAACAAGUUCACGGUAUUGCUCGCGGAAUGGUUGGAAUUGUUACUGGAGUUCGUCAAGGAGAAAAUGAUGAUGGUUCUUUAAAUGUGGUGACUGCAUCGACCAGCGUAGACGCUUUGAAAAAGUCACUCGACCAAGUUAUAAUGCUUCGACAUCGAGUCUACCAUGAAAGUAUUCCACAUGAGGCUCCAAUUUGCAGAAUUCUUGACGACGGUUUACGAUCUGUGCAACGAACGCUGCAAGAAUCAAUCCACUUUCAACAAGAAACUACCACUAGGCCUAAAAUUUUCGCGGAAAAUGAACCAACCGUAUUGUAACAUUAUGAUCCCGGUCGAUUAAACUCGUAAAUCCAGAAUAGUAUAAUAUGAAGCAUAAGUUUCUUUCUGACAAAUACAUGUAUGACAUUAUCAAAGGAAAUUCAAUAGGCAAUAAUAAUUCUGGCGAAAAAUGUGCUCACCUUAUGUAUGGUAAUGACUGAUAUUGCAAUUUUGUCAUAUUAAAUACUAAUCACGGAGUUACAUUCAUGUCCGUACAGCUAAUCUUGUUCAAAAAAUAAAGGACCAAGUGCUUCCUUCAAGUCAGGUAGGCGUAAUGAGUAUUACUCCCUGAUGAAUAAGGUAGUCAGGAAGUUUUUAAUUUUAUAUGCAAUUUAUUAAAAUAAAUAGGACCCGAAAUUAUCUUACCAUUAAAAUUCAUACAUAUUAUACAUUGAUUAAAGUAUUAGUGUAAUUGUGAUUUUGUACAAUUCAAUUAAUGUGUCCAACUGGUGAUUGCUAAAAUAAACUUGAGAAUAAUAAAAUGUA